AUGGCUCAUCAGAGCACCGGGAUGGAAUUUACUCCCAUCCAGGGUGCCGAGCUACAAGACUUCCUUGGAGACUCCAACGCUACCACGUCUGGCGCACCCGAUGCGUUCAUCACGCACUACUGCCAUCUAACAUACUUAGAAAGGCACGACCUAAGAGACCUACUUUUUGCCUGGCUCGAGGUUUCCCACAACACCACCGACCUUCUCAGUCUCUGCCCAAUCACACGAUCUCAACGCGAGUCCUUCUUCUCCAGUAUCUUCUCUGACUGGGAUCCUUCCAAACCUACCUGCAGCCCAAAAUACAUACCUUAUAUGGGAACAGACGGAAAGAUUGAAGUUGGCGUAUGGAGCCAAGACCUCCCAAUCUCGCGCGAGGAACGCGAACGUGCCCUAGAGCAUGGAGAACAGGAACCCACUCGUCAACAUAAGACAGCCAGGCAGGCUGGUCAGAAAGCGUUUAUGGUUCCUUCAAUGGAAAAAACGGGCAAGAAAACCGUGAUCGCAUUCCUAUAUAUGGACGCGGAUGGUGAGUUCAAUGAUUUUCCAGGGCUUGUAACUUUCAAGCCAGGCGGCUUGACUCGUGAAGACUACAUGCGAAGAAGUAUCAAAGAGUACGACGAGAGCAAGACUUCCCGGGCUUAUCAAUACAAUAUCGAGGCCAUAAUUGACACUGCUCGGAAGCGAAUCGUCAAAUAUUGCAAUGACGGCUUUAUGGAAGGUCGACUGCCCGUAAGUGGCCACAGAGUCCCUACACGGGUUGUUUUCGAUCCGAUCUUGCCCCAAAUUGAGAGCGGUGAUGCCUGUUGGGAGACAUGA